AGGCAGCUCUCUAGAUUUUGAAACAGCCUCAGUGUGUCUUUGAGCGAGAUGGAGCCCGCUGUCAGUGAUUCUAGGAGGAGCCCACACGCUCCACAUGCUCGGCGAGAUAUGAGCGGCAGUUGGAUGCACUUGGAUUACCGGCUGCUGAACUGAAACAACGUCUCCGCUCAUAAAAAUAUGUAAAACAGUGACGUUUCUGAUUACACGUCUUUUUAACUAGUGGAUAUUCUCCUCAGUCGGAGAUAAAAACACAAGAUGCAGUGAGAGCAUCACUUAUUAUAGUCCCAGACGAUGGAAUUCAGUUUGAGAAGCCCAGUGUGAGAAAGUGAAGUACGCGCAGGAUUUACAUUCUCGUCCACAUAACGAUGGAUGAAGAUGGACACAUCUUUCACUUGGAUGUUAUAAGUUGCACUGAAUAAAGUCAGGAUCUGAGAGCAUGGGUUGGCAAGAGACCCUAUGGCUUGUGACAUCAUUUAUCUUGAAUGUAACAAAGGCUGGAACAACAGAGACGAAAGCAGAGCCCACUGCUGAUUUAUCCUUUACUCCUGUCAUGAUGGCAAUGGAGGGAGAGAGACUGAUCAUGACUCAGUCUCAGUACAAAUGUCUGGAACUUCUGGGUCGAGAUGGAUCCCAUAAUAAAACAGGUUCGUUCUGCAGCAGAUUCUGGGAUGGCUUGCUCUGUUGGGAUGAAACCCCAGCUGGAAACUUUGCUUCACAGAACUGCCCAGACUACCCCAGCUUUGACCCCUUGGAAAAAGUAACCAAAUACUGUGAUGAAUCUGGCAACUGGGUACACAGUUCAUCCAUCAAUAAGACCUGGUCCCACUGUCUCACAUUCUCAAAGGAGAAAAUAAAGACGUUACCAGUUCAUGGCUUUUUAGAGACAGAGACGGAGCUGGAUCCUACCGCUGAGAGCCAGGUCAGCCCCGUAGUGACUCAGAAAGUGGAGGAGAGGAAGAAGAUCAUCAACGGUCAAUAUAAAUGCUUUGAGAAAAUGAACAGAGAUCAGCCAUAUAACAAAUCAGGUCCAUACUGCAACCGCACAUGGGAUGGAUGGCUAUGCUGGGACGACACACCAGCAGGAACGUACACAUCACAAAACUGCCCAAAUUACUUCCCUGACUUUGACUCCACUGAAAAGGUCACCAAGUAUUGUGAUGAGACAGGAAACUGGUUCAGGCACCCUGAGACAAACAGGACAUGGUCCAACUACACCCUCUGCAUUGCUCACACCAAGGACAAGCUCAAGAUGGCGUAUAUUUUGUAUUACAUGGCGAUUGUGGGCCAUGCUCUUUCUAUAGUGUCCCUUCUCAUUUCGCUGGCCAUUUUCUUUUAUUUCAGGAGUCUAAGCUGUCAGAGGAUCACUCUACACAAGAACCUAUUCUGCUCGUAUGUGCUCAACUCAGCUUUCACCAUCGUCAACCUCAUAACUGUGGUCAACAACCCCAAAGUGGUGCAGAGGAAUCCGAUUGGCUGCAAGGUGCUUCACUUCUUCCACAUGUACAUGCUGGGCUGUAACUAUUUCUGGAUGCUCUGUGAGGGGAUUUACCUGCACACUCUGAUUGUGGUGGCCGUAUUUGCCGAGGAGCAGCAUCUGCACUGGUAUUAUCUUCUGGGCUGGGGAUUCCCCUUGGUGCCUGCCUCCAUCCAUGCUGUGGCGAGAAAGAAAUACUUUGAUGACAACUGCUGGAUGAGUGUGGAUACACAUCUGCUCUACGUGGUUCACGGCCCCAUCAUGGCAGCUUUAUUAGUCAAUUUAUUCUUUCUGCUGAACAUAGUACGGGUCUUGGUGACCAAACUGAGAGAUACGCAUCGAGCUGAAUCUAACAUGUAUAUGAAGGCGGUGAGGGCCACCCUCAUUCUGGUGCCCUUAUUGGGCAUUCAGUUUGUCAUCUUUCCUUGGCGGCCAGAGAACCGCUUGGCAGGAGAGAUAUACGAUUACAUCAUGCACAUAUUAAUGAAUUACCAGGGAUUGCUAGUGGCAACCAUAUUCUGCUUUUUCAAUGGAGAGGUCCAGGGAACUCUGAAAAGGCAGUGGAUGCAAUAUAAAACCCAGUGGGGUCAGCGACGACGCGAGCACUGCUCCACGAGAUCCACCUCCUACACCGCCACCUCCAUCACUGAGGUGCCCGCCUUCAUGUACCAUCAUGACUGCAACAGUGAACACUUGAAUGGUAAACAAACAGAAGACUCCGAGCUAGUGGCCCUCAAGACGGGCGAGACAUACGCAUGAACAUUUGGAGAAAAAAAGAUAAUACUGGGAAAGAAGUGAUUCAAUCAAACUGGAGACUACGGUGAAGCAACAUUGACUGAGCAUUUGCAAACUCCCCAUCUCAGACAGCACUUAAGCGUUGACACCAGAACGUUCAAAGCCUGUGUGUUGGCAAAGCUGUUUCUGUUGAAAUAUUACUCAAGGCUUUGUUUAUAUUCUCUACAGCUCUGCUUCUGGGAGUUGAAACACAAAGGAAACGAAAAAAAAUACAGACAUGGGAUGCGUUUUUUUUUUUUUUUAAAUGUCAUUCUAAAGCUGCUAGUGUCAGGCUCCUCUCACAUCCUUUUUGGGCUUGUGGCCACAAAUAAAAAAAGUUACUUUGCAAAAAACCAAAAGAUGUGUUGAUUUGUGGGUCGCUGAGUGUUUCUCUAAAGCCACUGGGAAACGUAUCCUCCAGAGGACAGGCUACACUCAUCCAUCUCUGAACAAAGGAAAGUUCUUCUGUGCCUGAAUCCUGUUCCUGAAGAAGGUUACAAAGAUCUGUCUGACAGUCAUUUCGCAUUUGAAAAUAGCUUUUAAUCAGUCUUGCGAGACUCCUGACUGCUUUAUUGUUUUUGCAGCUGUACUUCUCUGCCUCUUCUUUGUUGUGAAAGGGGGUGUGGAGGAAAAAAGAUGAACAACCUGGACAAUUUUAGGACUGCUUAAAAGCAAAUUCAUAAACCUGUGCAUAUAUAUGCACAAAAAUGUAUUCUCUAAACAAAAACAACAACAAAACUAUAUAUUUAAUAAGCUCACGUGUUUCAGAGUUCAGAUUGCAUUUAUUAAGUCUUAUUUCAAGGGAUCUUUUCAGUGUUCUGGAGUGCUACUUUGCCAGUAAGUGCAUUUCCUCUUGGCAACCAAAAUCCACCUCUCACGAAUGCACCAAAUUCACUCCACGUUUUCAACUAGUGAUCAAUAAUCCACUUUUCUUCACUUGCCUCUAUUUGACCACAAAUUACUUCUGGGACUGAUUUAGGCUGAAAAUAAGAAACAACAAUUUAGAACUUUAGAUCUACUGAUCAAAAUAAAUUGUGCUCUAAAUAAAAAUCUUAAGCUCUAUUUAGAUAUAUAUUUAUAUAUAGGUUUUCAUUGUUUUAUAUAUAUAUAUAUACAUAAAUACACACGCGCGCGCACACACA